UCGGCGAUUGUUUAGAUCGCUUGAUAGAGGGUGUGAAGGGUGAUCAGGAGAGAACAGCGUUGUAAUCUUCCAAGCUUUGGCUUUGAUUGGAGAAUCUUAUUUCGGCAAGGAUAGUAUGGGUUCAGAAGGAACCCAAAAGGAUAUGGUAGUUACCCAGGUUAGUUUUGGUGGGUUCGACAGAAGUAUAAGUGCCAAAGGGCUCACAGACUUUCUGGAAAAUGAGAUUGGGUUGAUUUGGAGGUGUAGAUUGAAGGCCUCAUGGACUCCACCGGAGUCCCACCCCAACUUCGAAAUCACCAACAUGGAGGAUAUCCAGAUUACUCUUGAUUAUGAUAAGGUUGAACCUCAUGCGUUUGUACAUUUUGCAUCUCCUGACUCAGCAACUGCAGCGUUGAAUGCUGUGGGACGCAGUGAUCUCAUGUUAAACAAGAAGUCUUUGAGGGUGAACUUGGGCCCAGAGAGCCCAUUCCGCAUUAACCAGAGGAGAAGGACGACAAACCCCUUUAAAUUCUCUGAUGUCCGUGUUGAUGUAGGAACACUGGUCAGUCGGGAUGAGUUUUUUGUUGGUUGGAAAGGACCUAUUUAUGGUGUGGACCUUCUGGUCGAUCCCUUUGAUGGGACCUGCAAGGUCUGUUUUACAAAGGAGACAGCUUUCUCAUUCAAAGGGACAACAAAUCAUGCGGUGAUAAAAUGUGACUUUAAGGUGGAAUUCAUGGUGAGGGAGAUCACCCACAUCAAACAGUAUGCAGAUACAUCAUCUUUAAUAAUUCUGUUGCAGUUGAUAUCAUCUCCGUGUGUUUAUUACAGAACUGCAGAUGAUAACAUUUAUGAGUCAGUUCCAUUUGAUAUGCUGGAUGAUGAGGAUCCUUGGAUUAGGACUACAGAUUUUACACCUAGCGGGGUAAUCGGUAGGUGCAAUUCCUACAGAUUCUCAAUCUCACCUCGUUUUGGGCGGAAACUGAAUGAGGCCGUUGAUUAUCUAAAAGGACAGAGGAUACCAUAUGAGCAUCCUAGACAGAGCUUAAGGAUAAAAAAAGAACCUAAUUUUGGAGUGCCCAUGUCUGACUCUUUCUUCUGUAUUCAUCACAAAGACGGAGUAAGCUUUGAAACCAUGUUCUUGGUGAAUGCUAUCAUGCACAAAGGUGUUAUGAACCAGCACCAGUUGUCGAAUGAGUUCUUUGAUUUGCUGAGAAUGCAGACAAGAGAGGUGAAUGUGACAGCAUUGAAACAUAUCUGUUCCUAUAAGCAUCCUGUGUUUGAUGCAUAUAAGAGUCUGAAACUAGUCCAAGCAUGGCUGCUGAAGGACCCUAAACUACUACUACUAAAGAGUUUCAAGGGUUCAAAUGAUAAUGCUGAAGUGAGGAGAUUGGUGAUAACCCCAACAAAAUCCUAUUGCCUUCCACCAGAGGUAGAACUUUCAAAUAGGGUGCUAAGGAAGUACAAAGAAGUUGCGGAUCGGUUUUUAAGGGUCACGUUUAUGGAUGAAGGGUUUCAGCAGCUAAAUUCUAAUGUUUUAUCUUACUAUGUUGCUCCUAUUGUAAGGGAUAUCACCUCAAAUUCUUUUCUUCAAAGAACGACUGUAUUCAAAAGAGUGAAGGCCAUUCUGACUGAUGGUUUUAAUCUGUGUGGUAGGAAGUAUUCCUUUCUUGCAUUUUCAUCCAAUCAAUUAAGAGACCGAUCAGCAUGGUUCUUUGCUGAAGAUAAAAGUAUCCGUGUGGAUGAUAUUAAGAGUUGGAUGGGGAAGUUCACAAAUAAGAAUGUGGCAAAAUGUGCAGCAAGGAUGGGACUGUGUUUCUCAUCCACAUAUGCCACGGUUGAGGUUCCAAUAAAGCAUGUCAACCCCGACCUUCCAGAUAUUGAAAGGAACGGGUAUGUGUUUUCUGACGGGAUUGGAAUGUUAACGCCUGACCUUGCCAUGGAAGUUGCGGAGAAAUUGCAAUUGACAGCAUACCCUCCUUGUGCCUAUCAGAUAAGGUAUGCUGGUUGCAAAGGGGUUAUAGCUUGUUGGCCCGAAAAAGAGGACGGGAUACGCCUCUCCGUGAGACCGAGCAUGAACAAGUUUGAAUCUACACAUACAAUACUUGAAGUUGUGUCAUGGACUCGCUUCCAGCCAGGGUACUUGAACAGGCAAUUUGUGACUUUGCUUUCGGCCUUGGGCGUUCCAGAUAAUGUAUUCUCUAGGAUGCAAGAUUCAAUGGUUUAUAAGCUGAACCAGAUGCUUGAGAACACUGAUGUGGCUUUUGAUGUUCUUACCUCAUCAUGUGCUGAGCAAGGAAAUACUGCAGCAAUGAUGCUGAGUGCAGGUUUCAAGCCUCAAACAGAACCUCAUCUAAAAGGGAUGCUCUCUUGCAUACGAGCUGCCCAGCUGGGGGACCUUCUUGCAAAAGCAAGGAUAUUUGUUCCUUCAGGAAGAUGGUUGAUGGGUUGCUUGGAUGAAAUAGGGGUUCUUGAACAAGGUCAAUGCUUUAUCCAAGUUUCAACCCCUUCAUUGGAAAACUGUUUCUUGAAACAUGGUUCUAGAUUUUCUGAGACAAAGAGGAAUUUGGAAGUAAUCAAGGGAACUGUUGCAAUAGCUAAGAAUCCCUGCCUACACCCUGGAGAUGUUCGAAUUCUGGAAGCUGUAGAUGUGCCUGUCUUGCAUCAUCUUUUUGAUUGUCUGGUCUUUCCUCAAAAGGGAGACAGACCUCAUACAAAUGAAGCAUCUGGAAGUGACCUUGAUGGGGAUUUAUACUUCGUGACUUGGGAUGAAAAUCUUCUACCUCCAAGCAAGACAAGUUGGCUUCCAAUGGAUUAUUUCCCAGUUGAGACAAAAAAAUUGCCACGCGCAGUCAAUCAUACGGACAUAAUAGAUUUCUUCUUAAAGAACAUGGUAACUGAGAACCUUGGUGUUAUCUGCAAUGCUCACGUGGUUCAUGCUGACCAGAGUGAAUAUGGGGCCUUAGAUGAGAAAUGCUUACGACUGGCUGAACUUGCAGCCACAGCUGUUGACUUCCCAAAAACUGGCAAACUUGUUACGAUGCCCCCAGCGCUUAAACCGAAAAUGUACCCUGAUUUUAUGGGCAAGAUUGAAUCCCAGUCAUACAAGUCAACCAAAAUCUUGGGCAAACUCUAUCGCAAGAUUAAAGAUGCAUCUGAAGAAGUGCCAAUAUCCAUGGAGCUGAUCUGUGCUACUGAAGAAAUUCCUUAUGAUGCUGAUCUCGAGAUCCCAGGGUCAGCAGAUUUCCUUGAAGAUGCCUGGAGUCAUAAAUUAACAUAUGAUGGGCAGCUGAGUGCUCUUUUGCGGCAGUACAAAGUGAACAGGGAGGAAGAGGUGGUGACAGGGCACAUAUGGUCCAUGCCAAAACACAGUAGCAAGAAACAAGGAGACCUGAAAGAGAGGCUUAAACAUGCUUACAACGCAUUAAAGAAGGAGUUCAGGCAAAUUUUUGAGAAUAUGGGUCCAGAUUCACAGAAACUCACGGAUGAUGAAAAGAACACUGCUUAUGAACAGAAGGCAUCAGCAUGGUACCAAGUGACAUAUCACCCUCGAUGGGUGAAAGAAGCACCGCAGCUGAGGGAGUGUGAGGGUGAAAACCUAUCAUCAAUGCUUAGCUUUGCUUGGAUCCCAGCUAACUACUUGGUCUGUAUUAAGAUUAGGCGGCGUGGAGUGAAAAAUGUUGAUGCCACCAAACCAAUAAACAGUCUUGCUAAAUACCUGGUGGAGCGAAUGUGACUGCCGUUCUUUUUUUUCUCGUCGACACU